CGGCGCCUGCGCGAGCGCUCGUGGCUCUCCUGUGAACCCGCAGGUGUCAGGGGCCCUGUUGCCCGCCAUGGGCCGCAGAAGGGCUGCGCGGAGGCCGGGGGCCGAAGGCAGCCGCGCUCGGCACCCAGCGGGCCGCUCCCUGGAGGCCUUCGCCGAGGAGGUGGGCGCCGCGCUGCGCGCGUCCGUGGAACCAGAGGCGGCCGAGGACGGGGGCCCCUCGGGCCCGGCGCGACUACCCUGCACGCUGGCCAUGUGGGAGCUGGGCCACUGUGACCCCCGGCGCUGUACCGGCCGAAAGCUGGCCCGCCUGGGUCUGGUGCGCUGCCUGCGCCUGGGCCACAGGUUCGGCGGCGUCGUGCUCAGCCCGGUGGGCUCCCAGUACGUGUCCCCCGCGGACAGACAGCUGGUGGCACAGAGUGGGGUCGCUGUGGUCGACUGCUCCUGGGCCCGCCUGGAUGAGACCCCGUUCGGGAAGAUGCGGGGGAGCCACGUGCGGCUGCUGCCCCACCUAGUCGCCGCCAACCCCGUGAACUACGGCCGGCCCUGCAAGCUGUCCUGUGUGGAGGCUUUUGCUGCUGCCUUCUGCAUCCUGGGUUUCUCGGACCUUGCUGUCAUUUUGCUGCGGAAGUUCAAGUGGGGCGAGGGCUUCCUAGACCUGAACCGCCAGCUCCUGGACAAGUAUGCAGCCUGCGGCAGCGCGGAGGAGGUACUCCAGGCCGAGCAGGAGUUCCUGGCCAACGCCAAGGAGCGCCCGGAGGAGGAGGAAAUCGAUCCUUUUGACGUGGAUUCUGGGCGUGAGUUUGCAAACCCCAACAGGCCAGUGGCUGGCAACCGGCUGCUUGCAGACAGCGGUGACAGCGACAGCGAGGACGAGUCUGAGGGGCACGGCCCUGAUGCCGAGGACGGAGGAGACCACGGCAGCAGCAGCUGCCCUGAGGAGGACAGUCCUCUUGAGCAAGGGGCAAAGGCCAUGGCCCCCACAGAGAUUUGGGAAGGAAUCAAGAAACGGCAGAGAGACUAAAGACUGCACACGUUUAUUUUCAUGGCGGAGCAAUAAGGACUGGAGACAGCAGGACUUGUGGGGACACAGACAGGCCUAGCAGCCUCAGCCCUCAUAGCACUGAGCAGCACCAGACUCUGUCCCCAUGCAUGUGACAUGGCUGUGCUCUGGGGCCGUCCAGCCCUCCCAUUGAAGCUGCGGGCCAAGGAGA